CGCUUGCGCUUGUCAACCCCAGCUCUUUCUCUUCCGGGUCGAAAAAUUAGCACACCACCGAUGCAUUUGAAGUUGUAGCAAUCGGGCCUAAUUUGCUAGCUACAUAUUUGAAGAACAAUUUUCACGUUUAAAAAAAUUCCACAGUAUUGUUCUCUAACCAUACGAUACAGGUAAGGCAUCUACUCGAAUCACUGCAAACAAAACAGCUGUUUGCCGGAGUUUUGAAUAACUGGCUAAGUUAGUACCUAGCUACUGAUGCUAUAGGUGCAUGUGCCGCAUGUAUGAGCUAACGGGUUAGCUGGGUGGCUAGCUAGCUAAAUUAUCAGUUUUGUGUGUGAAUAAAUGUGGAUGCGUUGACGUCUAACGUUAUAGAUCAGACUGAAGACAUAGAUCCAUGUUGACAGUUGUUUAGUCUUGGAAGUGUAUAUGGCACAGUGUUAUUAACACCCGCUCUAGCCAGCUACAGUAGCUAGCAAACGGUAAGUAAGGUGAUGACGUAGAGUGAGUGUAAAAGGAUAACUACAUGACUGAGAAAUGACUGACAUUUUGUUCCGUUAUUGCAAUCUAGCGGCACCAGAUCACUUCUACUUGCCCCCCCCCCCCCCCCCCCCCAAAAAAAAAACCCUCCCUUCAAUUGUUCCAAUACUGUUACCAAGAAUGAUUGACAAAAGAUAACUACCUCUGUAUAUCAUGAGAAUCUAUUCCAUCUAAUUCGUGAUGUGACUAUCCAACCAAAUGUACAUCCCAUUUACCAUUUACCUCUUUUUAACCUAAUGACCUCUCAUUCAAUUGCUCUCUAGAGUUUAAUCCGACUGUUUAAAACCCAUUGUAAGUAUAUGGAAUAGCAUAUCUCAACAUAUCAAAUGUCUCUGGUUUCAUUAUAUUGGCCUCUGUCCUAUUGUCUCCCUAACCCUCCCAGCGAUGCCGAACCUUAGCUGUAGGUUCUACCAGCACCGGUUCCCUGAGGUGGAGGAUGUGGUGAUGGUGAACGUGCGCUCCAUCGCCGAGAUGGGCGCCUACGUCAGCCUGCUGGAGUACAACAACAUUGAAGGCAUGAUCCUGCUGAGCGAGUUGUCGCGCCGACGUAUCCGCUCCAUCAACAAGCUCAUUAGGAUCGGACGUAAUGAGUGCGUGGUGGUCAUCCGAGUGGACAAAGAGAAGGGUGAGGCGGGAUUUGAGUGUGUCCAGUCGGUAAAAUCAAGAUUGUGUGUGUGUAUGCGUGUUGGUCAUCUGAGUGGACAAAGAGAAGGGUGAGUGUGUCCGGUCAAGAAAUGUAGACCGGGUGUGUGUGUGUACACAUUGUGUUAUAGGUAAACAAAUAAUUAUAUUGUCAACUCUUUGCAGGGUACAUUGAUUUAUCAAAGAGAAGAGUUUCGCCAGAGGAUGCUAUCAAAUGUGAAGACAAAUUCACCAAAUCUAAAACCGUAAGUCAGGUUCACCGUCAACACUCAGCCACGUGCCGGAGGAUGCUGUAAUAUACAAAACUCUAUUUAUCAUUCCGUUCCACCGAUGUCAUAAACUCUCAGACAUUUGUGUAACCUGGUCCCAGAUCUGUUUGUGCUGUACAGCCUACUACUGUCGUCGUUGGGAUGAAAAUGACCAUAGUAGUCCGUAAGAAAGCACAAACAGGGCCGUAUUCAUAAAGCAUCUUAGAGUGGGAGUGCUGAUUUAGGAUCAGUUUAGCCUUUUAAAUCAUAAUGAAUAUGAUUACAUGAACAGGGGGCACCUGAUCCUAGAUCAGCACUCCUACUCUGAGAAACUUUAUGAAUACGGCUCAGAUCUUGGACCAGGCUAACAUUUGUGAGUCUUCCCUCUUGACCAGAGGUGAUAUCGAGGUAUAAAUGUUUUUAUGGUGUGGCGUCCGUGGCAGGUGUACAGUAUCCUUCGACACGUGGCUGAGGUGCUGCAGUACACUAAGGACGAGCAGCUGGAGAGCCUGUUCACGCGCACCGCCUGGGUGUUUGAUGAGAAGUACAAGCGUCCGGGAUACGGCGCCUACGACGUCUUCAAACAGGCUGUAUCGUGAGUAUCGGGACUCUUCUUCUAUACAUUGAAUAUACAUAUACCCUUUUCAUAUGGCUGAGCCAAACCGAGCUGAGCCAAGCUGUACUAGGCUGGCUUGGUUACGCAUUCUCCAUAGUUGCUUGAACCAUGAUGGAAAGGACAAUGUGAAAAUAAUAUAUCCGAGCCAGCACAGUGUGGCUGAACUACCCUAUAGUGUGAAUGUUUACAAUGAGACUAAGACCUUCAUGUAGUUCUGUCCUUGAGCUGUCCUAGUCUAUUAUUGUUCUGUAUUAUGUCAUGUUUUGUGUGGAUCCCAGGAAGAGCAGCUUCUGCGACAGCUAAUGGGGAUCCUAAUAAAAUACCAUCUGUCAUUCUUAGUAAGAGAUGGAAGCAGAUAUUGUAGGCGGGUGUGAAAUGGGUUGUAGUGUAGUGUUUGCCUCCAAUCUCCUCAUAUCAUUUAGUCAGAUAUCCAUGCUCAAAAUGUUUAAUUUUUCCCAGUGACCCUGCCAUACUGGAUGGGCUGGACCUGACAGAGGAGGAGAGGGCCGUGCUCAUUGACAACAUCAACAGGCGACUCACUCCACAGGCUGUCAAAAUCCGAGCAGGUCAGACAGAGACCACAGCACACUCAACAUUAACAGUGCAAUCAAGAUUUACUACACAUGUUAGAGAAGAUCAAUGGGGGGGAAAAGAUCCAUAAAUGGCAGGGAUAUUCUUUUUAAAGUAAAGAAGGAGGCCUGUACACUGCAAAGAUGAUACUUAAGUGACGUUUAUACAAAUAUUAAGAGGCGAAAUCCGAUUAGCAUAUUAGGUUACAGCAGGAUUUAUACUACAACGUGUUUCGACCAAACAGGUCUUCUUCGGGGGAUGGUCAUUUGCUAAUUUUUAAUUUUUUUACAUUUUAGAGGCAUUUCAUUUUGGCAGUUUUAAAGAUAAUUUCCUUCAAUUCUACACAUUUUGCUGUGCAGCUGAGAGAACAUGUUGCAGAUUUACUGCAAUUCUAUGCAUUUUGCCAUGGCUAAAGCUGUGUUCUUUUGCUCAAACAUAAUAGCAAAAUCUAUACUGCUAAAUUCAUUGUUUUAGGAUUAUAAUUUAUUUAGAAACAUUUUUCCCACACUGUUUGGACUUAGGCGACCCGGAAAAACGAUUAGGCGGCCCGCCCAAGGAUUUCAAUGGCAGAAAAAUACUUGGCUACCUGAUGAAGUCUUGUUGGGUCAAUAUUUUCAUAUUUGAUAUGUGUAGUUAAACAAAUGUGUGUAGUGGAACAAUUAUGUGCCUACACAAAUAUGUAAAGUAGAGACAUAUGCUACAUUAUGUUCAUUGAUUCGUUUGCCAGAGUGGCAUGUUGAUGACUAUUGAACUCCUCUGAAGUUUUCAAAUUAGAAACAUGGCGACUUUACCCUUUAUUGUCUUUAAACAAUCAAUUUUACUAUCGUCCUUGCAGACAUUGAGGUGGCAUGCUACGGGUAUGAGGGCAUCGACGCUGUGAAAGACGCACUGAGGGCGGGGCUUAGCUGCUCGACAGAGGCCAUGCCCAUCAAGGUAGGUUGCAUCGAGGAACUCUCAUACUCUAUAAGUAUUAUCUAUUUAAUGAUAUUUCUAUAUCUGUUUAAUUUGUCAUUCUUUUUCUAUGGUCAACCCCAACUUUCUCGAAGGUGUUAUAUGACUGCUCGAGUGCGUUCUCUUCCUAGAUUAAUCUGAUAGCACCGCCACGCUACGUUAUGACCACAACCACUCUGGAGCGCACCGAGGGCCUGUCGGUUCUCAACCAGGCCAUGGCAGCCAUCAAGGAGAGGAUCGAGGAGAAGAGGGGCGUCUUCAACAUCCAGAUGGAGGUGAGGCUGAAGAUAUGCCUUCAGAAAGUAUUCAUACUCCUUGACUUAUUCCACAUUUUGUUGUUACAGCCUGAAUUCGAAAUUGAUUAAAUAGGCUCAUCUAUACACAAUGCCCCAUAAUGACAAAGUGAAAAUGUUUUUUGAAAUAUUAGCACAUAUAUUGAAAAUGAAAUAGAGAAAGUAUUCACACCCCUGAGGCAAUACAUGUUAGAAUCACCUUUGGCAACGAUUACCGCUGUGAGUCUUUCUGGGUAAGUCUAAGAGCUUUGCACACCUGGAUUGUACAAUAUUUGCACAUUAUUUAUUUUUUUAAAUUCUUCAAGCUCUGUCGUUGGUGGUUUUCAAGUCUUGUCAUAGAUUUUAUGUCAAAACUGUUAAUUGGCCACUCAGGAAAAUUCAAUGUCGUCUUGAUAAGCAACUCCAGUGUAUAUUUGGCCUUGUGUUUUAGGUUAUUGUCCUGCUGAAAGGUGAAUUUGUCUCCCAGUGUCUGUUGGAAAGCAGUCUGAACCAGGUUUUCCUCUAUGAUAUUUCCUGUACUUGGCUCUAUUCCAUUUAUUUUUAUCCCAAAAAAACUCCCUAGUCCUUGCCGAUGACAAGCAUACAUGAUGCAGCCACCACCAUGCUUGAAGAUCUGAAGAGUGGUACUCAGUGAUGUGUUGUUGGAUUAGCCCCAAACAUAACGCUUUAUAUUGAAGUUAAUUUCUUUGCCACAUUUUAUGCAGUUUUACUUUAGUGCCUUAUUGCAAACAGAAUUCAUAUAUUGGAAUACUUUUUAUUUUGUACAGGCUUCCUUGUUUUCACUCUGUCAUUUAGGUUAGUAUUGUGUAGUAACUACAAUGUUGUGGUUCCAUCCUCAGUUUUCUCCAAUCACUGCCAUUAAACUCUGUAACUGUUUUAGUCACCAUUGGCCUCAUGGUGAAAUCCCUGAGCGGUUUCCUUCCUCUCCGGCAACUGAGUUUGGAUGGAUGCCUGUAUCUUUGUAGUGAUACACCAUCCAAAGUGUAAUUAAUAACUUCACCAUGCUGAAAGGGAUAUUCAAUGUCUGCUUUUUAUGUUUACCCAUUUACCAAUAGCUGCCAUUCUUUGUGAGGUGUUGGAAAACUUCCCAGGUCUUUGUGGUUGAAUCUGUGUUUGAAAUUCACUGCUCGACUGAGGAGCCUUACAGAUAAUUGUAUGUGUGGGGUACAGAGAUGAGGUAGUCAUUCAAAAAUAAUGUUAAACACUAUUAUUGCACACAGAGUGAGUCCAUGCAACUUAUUAUGUGACUUGUUAAGCAAGUUUUUACUCCUGAACUUAUUUAGGCUUGCCAUGACAAAGUGGUUUAAUACUUAUUGACUCAAUAUAUUUCAGCUUUUCAUUUCUAAUUAAUUUGUAAACAUAACAAUUUCGUGAUAUCCAAUUAGUAGUUACAGUCUUGUCCCAUCUCUGCAACUCCCAUACGGACUCGGGAGAGGCGAAGGUCGAGAGCCAUGCGUCCUCCGAAACCCGACCCUGCCAAGCUGCACUGCUUCUUUACACACUGCUUACUUAACCCGUAAGCACCAAUGUGUCGGAGGAAACACCGUACAGCCCGGCCCGCCACAAGGAGUCGCUAGAGCACGAUGGGACAAGGACAUCCCGGCCAGCCAAACUCUCCCCUAUCCCGGACGACGCUGAGCCAAUUGUGCGCCGUCUCCUGGUUGCGGCCAGCUGUGACACAGCCUGGGAUUGAACCCGGGUCUGUAGUGACGCCUCUAGCACUGUGAUGCAGUGCCUUGGACCGCUGAGCCACUCGGGAGGCCCAUUUGUAAACAUGUCUAAAAACAUAAUUCUACUUUGACAUUAUGGGGUAUUGUGUGUAGGCCAAUGCCAAAAAGUCUAAAUUUAAUCCAUUUGAAAUUCAGGCUGUAACACAACAAAAUGUAGAAAAGGUCAAGGUGUGUGAAUACUUUCUGAAGCCACUAUAGAUACAGUACAUGGUUGGGUGAGAAAAUGAUGGAGAGCUGGGUGGUCUCAGUUUGCCAGUAGUUUGAGGAAAUACCAAAGUACUAAGCGAAAGUGGCGGAAGGUGGUUUCUCUCUUCGUGGCCUUUGACGCCACUUCUCAUGAGGUGCAUGUGUCAUGUCCAACUAUGUCAUUAAUGAGAAGAAGCUCAAUAUACAAAGAAACAUGUUUAUCAUACAAAAGAGCCCAAAGUCCGAUUGAUGUUUCAAAUGUUUACUCAGCGAAUAUGUACCAGCUGAAUACAUGCAUUCAAUACAGUGCAGUUUCCCUUUAUGCCCUUAGAUGUACUUAAGUACUUUUCCAUUUUCAUCACCCAGGAUUUCUCCAUGUGUAUCUUACCAAUCAGGAGAGGCCUUGAGUAAUUGGGAGUGCACAUUCCUGCAGGCCACUAAAUAAUUACACUUAUCAUACACAAAGAGCUUGAACCUAACAAUGCUUUAAGAGGAUAUAAAACAGUAAUACAAAGCAGUCAUUUACAAUCUAUUAGUAAAUAACAACUUGUGCCGUCUUCUCUUACUAGCACCGAUUUUGCAGUUAGCGGCUAUUUAAAGUUUUACUUUCAAUAAUAUAUUGAUGUUUUACCUACUUUUUACUAUUAUUAUAAUAAUUAUUAUUAGGUGGGUGCUUAUAUUUGUCCUAUUUCACACGUGAAUUUGAUAUUUUUUUUGGUGCAUAUCCCACUCCCCGAGUGAAUUCAUUGAUUAUGUGCACUGAUUUAUAAGUCUGUCUGGAUAAGAGCAUCUGCUAAAUAACUAAAUGCGGUGUAAUGUUCUUGUUAUUCCCCCCCCAGGCGAAGGUGGUGACCGAUACGGACGAGACAGAGCUGGCCCGUCAGCUAGAGAGGCUAGAGCGGGAGAACGCAGAGGUGGACGGCGACGACGAGGAUGGUGAAAUGGAGGCUAAAGCAGAGGAC